AUGCCUACUUAUCCACCAAAUAGAGAUGUACGGAUCGAAUUAAUCCAGGACGAGCAAGAUCUUCGUGAAAAUUUCGCAUGUCAAUAUGAAACCUUUGGCCAACAAACAAGCAAUGCAUUUUGGCUUGCAAUGAGCCCAAACGCAGACACAGAUGCAGGUUUCGAAGCAGGAGUGAAAUCAGGACAGAAUAAUUUCAAGAAGCAAUCAGCACAUAAUGGUGGACAUUCUUGGUACCUUAAAGCAAUCGCACCAGAUCCGGAAACGGGUAAAGAUACAAUUGCCGGAAUUGCAACUUGGACGGAAAAUCUUCAUUCUAGAAAUCCAAUCCCGAAAGAAAUGAAUAAAGAAAGAUUAGAGAAACUUUAUCCGGGUAAUGAAACAGAACAAAGGUACGUCAACCAAAUGUUCCAAUCUUUCCUUCGACGUAGAGGUGAAUUGGUUGAAGAAGCGGGUAAAGAAGGUAGAGCAGUGAUGGUUCUUGACAUCUGUGUCGUUCGUCCACGAUUUCAAAGGCGUGGAAUUGCAAGUGAGCUGGUCAAAUGGGGACUUCGUAAAGCCGAAGAAUUAGGCCAAAACGGACAAGCAAUCGAAUGCGUCACCGAAGCAUCUCCGAUGGGCAAGCCAGUAUACGUUAAAUUAGGCUUUGAAGCCGAAGGAGAGGUGGUAUACAAGGUAGAUGAAGAAUUUCAAAAUAGAAAAAGAUCAGUGGACACAGUACUUCGUCGUCCGGUGGGAACAAAGUUGGUAGAAUAA